UCCCGAGGACCCAUCAGCGACUUGCUGCGCGAGGCUCAUUGUUCGGAAGCCAUGGGCCAACCCCGAGUCCAACGCGCCACUGCCACGGCCCUGGCCUGCCCGGGGCCCGUGACGAGCCAGGAUAUUUAUGUCGACGCCAAUUCAGUUCCCUCCUCGAUCCCCUCUUCCUCUCCGGCCUUUCGAGGGAAGCUUCAAGAGCUGUCCGUUGAUCAGGUCCACAACAAGAGUCUUGCCCGGAGCUCCCCUCUGUACGCCCAAGCCCCCGACUCAUUCCUCACCAAAGACCUAGAGGGCGGCCCCGUCAAGUCCAGAUCCUCCCUGUCCCGCGGCUUUCGACGCCGCCCCCAAGUCGACUCGGACACCUUUGAGCCUUUGGAUGUGGUUUUGGAAGAAUCGUCCCUUUUGUCCAUUCCAAGGUCUGCUGCGACCGCGGGCUCGCCCUCGUCGCUCAGCCAGAAGUUACGCAGAGUAAUCAACGACGAGAACCAUCCAUUGUUGAACUUCAAGGUUGAAGAGUCACCUCACCAACGGUACCAGGACCACUUGGCAGGUCAGUUCGACUGGCUACUAGCCUGCCCGGCAUCAGUUAGCUACGCCAGCGACCACGGCUCCUCCGACGAUGGCGAGAACGAGACCAAGGUCUAUGGCUGCAACUUGCUGUCGCGCGAAACCCUUCCUAAUUCCUCCGCCAUUCCUUCGACUGACACAUUCUCGCUUCUAGCGACUCCCUUGACCCUCACUGAAUGCUCAUCCCUGGGCUUUGAUUACUCCCAGCUACUGGACCAUCGGCUCAACAUGUCGUUGGUUCCUCCGCCACUCUAUGAGUCUCACCAAAACCCACCACUCAAAGUACCUGAAGUGGUGGAGGUAAGGGAACAGGCCGUCUCGCCGUCGCUCACCUUGAUAAGCGAGAGGAGCAGUAGUUAUAGCAACUCUUCAAGGAACGGGUCCUUCUCGAUACCUCGCAUCGAAGACUCUCUAGAGGAGCUCGACAAGCUCGAGGAUGAGCUUGAGGCUAUCGAUGCUGUAACCCAGCCAAGACGAAUUACCUCGCCGGUCAAUGGCAGCUCGAGCAGCAAGCAUCUUGAGCCACCGUCCACGAGUAAGAAGGCAACCAUCUCAAAGAGGGUCUCGAUAGCCGGCAUGUCUGCUACAGUUCGCAUCAAGCCAUCCGCAAAGUCGGCACCAGCGCUUCGUCGAUCGACCUCCCUCGUGUUCCGCGAUAAGAAGCAGGAUGAGGCACCAGAGGGUGCACCUAAACUCAGACCGCAACCUUCACGAGGCAGACUUUCCAUCUCCCAGUCCGCCUCGCUCCAUGCACCUAUCAAGUCGACCAAACCCCCAACUGUUCCCAACUUUGAGCUUCCCGGCGAGGCUGUUGCUCGACGGCUCAAGGAACAACGUGAAGCUCGCCGUGCUCAGGCUGAUUCUCAGAAAGCUUAUGUGCCUCCCCCGAGACCCAAGUCUAGUAAGCCACCCACCAAGGCCAACUUUGAGCUUCCAGGAGAAGCCUUUUCCCGUCGGAAGCGGGAGGAGCGUGAAGCCCGCCUCAAGGCGCAGGAGGAAGAGGAGCGAAAGAAGCGCGAGUUCAAGGCAAGACCCGUGCGUACUAGUAUCACGCCGGCUAGCAUUCCGCGGGAGACAAUUGCUAGCCUAGCCCGCCAGGGCAAGCUUCCUCAAGAAGAUGAUGGAGCAAAGCAUGAGAACAAAACGAAGCGAUUGUCAGUUACGGGCUCACGAGUGGUCGCUCCUUCGGAGGCCAAGCCCUCUCAUGGCCGCGGCCGGCUUUCUACCGCAACAUCACGCGAGGAUCUUAGCAGGGGCACCUCGACAUCCGGAGGAAGUGCCAGCGGAAAACGGGCGACGCUCACUGCCGAGGAAGCACAUCAACUCAAGCUCCGUGGUAAGGAGAUCUUUCAGCGAGACAACACCAGCUUUCAACGCGAUAGAGAGCGAGAGAAACGAGAGCGUGAGGCUGCUACUCGGUUGGCGCGUGAGCAAGCGGCAGAACGCUCUAGGAUCGCCAGUCGAGAGUGGGCAGAGAAGAAGAAGCGCAAGGAGCAGCAGGCUUUGAGAGAUGUCUUGAGGGAUGGGUCGCAAGACCACUAG